AGCUCCUGAAGGCGGAGUACUGCAUCGCUGACUUUCUCCGAGCUCUUUCCGAUUCUCCACGCAGAACAUUUUUUUUUUUUAAUCGUGGCGUGAACUCGGACAGGUUCCUCUCGCGAUUUGCUUGUACAGUACUUCAGUUUGUCAGAUAAACUUUUUGAGAAUGGAUUUUCACAUCUGUCCGGGGCAAAUCGGAGAUCUACUGUAUCAGGAAGAGUGUUAAGCUCCAAGGAGUGUGUCGAGCGAUUCAAGAAAUUACUGCAGCCCCGGCACAAUUUUAGUGUAUAAUUAAAUUUCUUUUUGUAACCAACACAAUGUCGGAUUCUAUGUCAAGUUUUUUGCACAUAGGGGACAUCGUGUCUCUCUAUGCAGAAGGUACCGUUAAUGGCUUUAUAAGCACCCUGGGGUUGGUAGAUGACCGCUGUGUUGUGGAACCAGCAGGUGGAGACCUGGAUAAUCCUCCCAAGAAGUUUAGAGACUGCUUGUUCAAGGUUUAUCCAAUGAACCGCUAUUCUGCCCAGAAACAAUACUGGAAAGCAAAGCAGGCAAAACAUGAGAAAGACAAGAUAGCAGACCUUGUACUACUUCAAAAACUUCAGCAUGCAUCCAAUCUGGAACAGAAGCAGAAUGAAGCAGAGAAUAAAAAAGUCCAUGGCGAUGUAGUUAAAUAUGGCAACGUUAUUCAGCUAUUGCAUAUGAAGAGCAAUAAAUAUCUAACAGUUAAUAAGCGACUGCCAGCUCUGUUGGAGAAAAACGCCAUGCGAGUCACUCUGGAUGGUACGGGUAACGAAGGAUCCUGGCUAUUCAUCCAACCUUUCUGGAAACUCAGAGCCAAUGGAGACAAUGUGGUGGUUGGUGACAAAGUCAUUUUGAACUCAGUUAAUGCAGGACAACCUCUUCAUGCCAGCAACUAUGAGCUUACUGACCACCCUGGAUGCAAAGAGAUCAACUCUGUGAACAGCAACACUAGUUGGAAGAUCAGCCUGUUUAUGAUGUUCAAUGAUCACAGAGAUGAAGUUCUAAAAGGAGGUGAUGUAGUUCGACUGUUCCAUGCUGAGCAAGAAAAGUUUUUGACAUGUGAUGACUACAAGGGCAAGCUACAUGUCUUCUUGCGUACAACAUUGCGUCAGUCUGCUACUUCAGCCACCAGUUCUAAUGCAUUAUGGGAAGUGGAGGUGGUACAUCAUGACCCGUGUCGAGGGGGUGCAGGACACUGGAACAGUCUCUACCGUUUCAAACAUCUAGCCACAGGCCAGUAUCUUGCAGCAGAGGAAAAUCCAGGCUACAAAGGGGACACCCCUGAAGUACAAACUGUGGACACUGGUCGGAACAGCAAAAGGAGUCUGGGGGAAUGGAUAAAAUAUAAACUAGUUGCAGUUCCUCAUGGAAAUGACAUUGCUUCUCUAUUUGAACUGGACCCUACCACAUUGCAGAAGACUGAUUCAUUUGUGCCAAGAAACUCUUAUGUACGUUUUCGACAUCUGUGCACGAACACAUGGAUCCAGAGCACCAAUGUGCCUAUUGACAUUGAUGAAGAGAGGCCCAUUCGCCUGAUGCUGGGAACGUGUGCCACUAAAGAGGACAAAGAGGCAUUUGCUAUUGUCUCCGUGCCCACCAUGGAGAUUCGAGAUCUAGAUUUUGCUAACGAUGCCAGCGCAAUGUUGAGCACAGUGGUGGAGAAACUUAAUGCUGGAUAUCUCUGCCCAAAUGAUAGGAGAUAUGCCAUUAAGUUGCUGGAGGACCUUGUAUUUUUUGUGGUGGACCAGGGAAACACUGGACAGCCUGUACUGGAUGUGGUGAUGAACAAAGCCAACCGUGAGCGGCAAAAAUUAAUGCGGGAGCAGCAUAUUAUCAAACAGAUAUUUGGGAUCAUUAAGACUCCGUUUAAAGAAAGAGGAAGCGAUCCCCCUUUGUUGAAGUUAGAGGAACUGGCUGAUCAAAAAAAUACUGCAUAUCAGUACAUGCUGCGGCUGUGCUACAGAAUCCUUCGCCACUCCCAGGAGGAUUAUCGUAAAAACCAGGAGGACAUAGCCAAACAGUUUGGGCUGAUGCAGUCUCAGAUCGGCUAUGACAUUCUUGCCGAGGACACAAUUACAGCUCUGCUGCAUAACAACCGCAAGCUAUUAGAGAAACACAUCACUAAAACCGAGGUUGAGACCUUUGUCAACCUGGUGCGCAGAAACAGAGAGCCAAGGUUUCUGGAUUAUUUGUCAGACCUGUGUGUGUCAAAUAAUGUUGCCAUCCCAGUGACACAGGAGCUGAUCUGCAAGUGUGUGCUAGAUCCCAAAAAUCAGGAUAUUCUUAUUAAAACCGAACGACGUCCUGCAAAGGUAAUCCAUCACACCUCUGGAUAUAUAGAGGAUUAUACAGAAGAGAAUGAGGUAUGGUUGGUGUGGACUGAUAAAUCCAAUGAGUCUCAUGCAAAAAGCAUUCGGCAGCUUGCACACGAGGCAAGACAAGGAAAUACCCAUGAUGAGAGUGUAUUGACAUACUACAGGUAUCAGCUAAAGCUGUAUGCUCAGAUGUGUUCAGACCGUCAGUACCUUGCUAUUGAUGAGAUCUCAAAGUAUCUGGACGUGGAGCUGAUUUUCCUCUGCAUGAUGGAUGAGGCUCUUCCAUAUGAUCUGCGUGCCUCGUUCUGUAGACUCAUGCUGCACGCCCAUGUAGACCGCGACCCUCAGGAGCUCGUGACUCCUGUUAAAUUCGCACGGCUCUGGACGGAAAUCCCAACUUCUAUCAGCAUCAAGGAUUAUGAUUCACAUAUGGACUACUCGAGAGACAACAAAAAGAACAAGUUUGCCAACACAAUGGCUUUUAUGGAGGAGUAUCUCAACAAUGUCCUUAAUGAUGUCUUGCCUUUUGCUGAUGAAGAGAAAAAUAAAUUAACAUAUGAGGUGGUGAGUCUUGCCAGACAUCUGAUCUACUUUGGGUUCUACAGCUUCUUUGAGCUGCUGCGACUGACACGCACACUUUUGGGUAUAAUUGACUGCAUUCCCAACCCUGCUGUGGCCAGUCCUACCUUUAAUGAUGAUGGCACCUCUAAGAAUAUCCGGCGUUCUAUCCAUGGAAUGGGCCAGAUGAUGUCUACCAUGGUCCUGAGCAGAAAGCAGUCCAUGAUGCUGACUGGUGGUCGUAACCUGAUUGGUAUGGAUGGCCAAAUGCGCACUAAGGACAGCAUUGACAACCAGGACAUCACAGUCAUGGACACCAAACUGAAGAUCCUGGAAAUCCUACAGUUUAUCCUGAAUGUACGCCUGGACUACAGACUGUCCUUCCUGCUCUCCGUCUUUAAGAAGGAGUUUGUGGAGGUAUAUCCGAUGGCAGAUGCGGAUGCGACAUCAUCAGUGGAGAAUGCUGCAGCCAUCAACCUGCAGUUCAUUGGGGAGCAGGCAGAAGCAAUGUUUGGAGUUGGAAAAGCGAACAGCAUAUUAGAGGUGGAUGAUGAGGGAGGACGAAUGUUUCUGCGUGUACUCAUCCAUCUCAUCAUGCAUGAUUACCCUCCACUGGUCUCUGGGGCACUGCAGCUCCUUUUCAAACAUUUUAGCCAGAGACAGGAAGUCCUACAAACUUUCAAACAGGUCCAGCUCCUAAUUUCUGAGCAGGAUGUAGACAACUACAAGCUCAUUAAGAGUUAUUUGGACCGUUUGCGCACGAUAGUGGAGAAGUCUGAGCUCUGGGUAGUCAAGAAAAGUGGUUCAGACAAGAAGAAAGAUAAGAAGAAAGAUAAAAAAGACAAGGACGAUAAAAAAGACAAAGAAGAUAAAAAAGACAAGGAAGAAAAAAAAGACAAGGAAGAUAAAAAAGCUAAGGAUGAUACAAAAGACAAGACAGAGAAAAAAGACAAGGACGCAAAGGUGGACAAAGAAGAGAAAAAAGGCAAAGAAGAGAAGAAGGAUAAAAAAGAUGAUAAAGCCUCCACUGAAAAUGCUGAAGCUGGACCUUCCAAAGAAAAGCUUGAGAAGAGCAAUGAAAGCUAUCAACAUGUCAAGGAGAUCUUAGAGCGCUUAAAUAAAAUGUGCAAUUCUGGGGUUUUUAAGAAGCAGCAAAGGCUUCUGAAAAACAUGGGUGCACAUAAAGUCAUGUUGGACCUUCUGCAAGUCCCUUAUGAUCGGAGUGACAAGAAAAUGCAAGAGAUCAUUAGGUUCACCCAUCUUUUUCUGCAAAAGUUCUGCAUUGGAAACCAAGAAAAUCAAACUCUCCUCCAAGAACACCUUAACCUCUUUCUUAUUCCUGGAGCUUUGGAAGCGGAGACAGUGCAACAUAUCUUCAGCAAUAAUUACCAGCUUUGUUCAGAGAUCAGUGAGAAUGUCCUCCAACACUUCAUGCACUGCCUGGCCACUCAUGGGCGCCAUGUGCAGUACCUCAAUUUCCUGCACACUAUCAUUAAGGCUGAAGGGAAAUAUGUAAAGAAAUGCCAAGAUAUGAUCAUGACAGAGUUAUCAAAUGCAGGCGAGGAUGUAGUGGUCUUCUACAAUGAUAACGAGUCUUUUGUCAAAAUGCUAGACCUCAUGAUUGAGUCUAGAGAAGGGGUGAAGGAGGACAGCCCACUCCGCUACCAUAUUUCUCUGGUGGAGCUGCUGGCUGCAUGUGCUGAGGGCAAAAAUGUCUACACUGAGAUCAAAUGCACCUCACUGCUGCCCCUGGAGGACAUUGUUAGAGUCGUCACACAUGAGGACUGCAUCACAGAGGUGAAAAUUGCCUAUGUAAAUUUUGUAAACCAUUGCUAUGUGGAUACAGAAGUGGAAAUGAAGGAGAUCUAUACAAGUAACCACAUAUGGAAUCUGUUUGACAAUUUUCUCAUAGACAUGGCCAGGAUGUGUAUCAACCGCGAGAAGCGCCUGCAAGACCCGGUGUUGGAGAAAUAUGUCAUCCUAGUUGUGUUGGAUACUAUAAAUGCCUUUUUCAGCUCACCUUUCUCUGAAAACAGCACCUCUCUUCAGACUCAUCAUGAUAUGGUGACUAAGUUGCUGCAGUCCACCAUGCGUUUAAUGGACUGUUCUUGGCUUCAGGCACAGCAGAAGGGUCUAGUGGACAGCUGUAUUCGAACUUUGGCCAUAACGGCUAAGACCCGAUCAAUCGGUCUGCCAGUGGAUUUAGAAGCCCUUGUUAAUGUAAUGCUGAGCAACAAUUCAAUGAAUGCUCUGGCCCGUGCCACCCUCAACUAUAAGAGUAGCACAAGAGCCACACGACCCACUGUCCCCAGCAACCCAUGGGACUAUAAGAACAUUAUUGAGAAGCUGCAGGACGUCUUUAACACACUGGAGGAUCGGUUAAUGCCACUGGUUAAUGCAGAGUUGUCUGUAUUAGUGGACGUCCUGCAUCAGCCUGAGUUGCUCUUUUUAGAGGGUUCUGAUGCUCGUAACCGCUGUGAAUCCGGAGGCUUCAUUUCCAAACUAAUUCAGCACACCAAAGCACUGAUGAACUCUGAUGAAAACCUCUGCAUCAAGGUUCUCAAGACUCUACAGGAGAUGUUAAUCCGCAACAUGGACUUUGAUGAGAAGGGGAUUGCCUUAAGAAAGGUGUUGUUGCAAAAUUACCUCUUUAACAAAAAGGGCAUAAAAGCUGAUCUUGCUGAACUUGGAGCUGGAGGUGGCGAGGCAGAGCGAGACUGGGCUGCCGUGGCUGCAAUUCAGUGUCGUCUGGAUAGAGAAGGUGGCACAAAACUGUUUACAGACAUCAUAACGAGCACCAAAAAUGAGAAAAUCUUCCUAGCGAGCAUCCAGCUAGCCAUCUGCCUGUUAGAGGGAGGAAACACUGAAAUACAGAACUCCUUUUACAAACUGAUGAUGGGGGACAACAAGUCUGAGAAGUUCUUUAAAGUUUUCAAUGAUCGUAUGAGAACUGCACAGCUGGAUGUCAAAGCAACCAUUUCAGUCAAUGUGGGUGAAAUGAGUGCCAAAGCCAAAGAUGAAAAAGAUACGGAACCAGGGUCCCAUGGAAUGUAUGCUCCAGGGGAAGCUCAAUAUGGCCACAAUGCUGCUGGCUUGGCUCCUUCUAAUCAGGCUGAGCAGCAAGAGGUGGACACUGAGAUGGGUCCCUCAGUCAUGAUCAUGAAGCCAAUUCUACGCUUCCUCCAGCUUCUCUGUGAAAAUCACAACCAAGACCUACAGAAUUUCCUCCGAUGUCAGAACAACAAGACAAAUUAUAACCUUGUCUGUGAGACACUUCAGUUCUUGGACAUCAUGUGUGGGAGCACUACAGGAGGCCUGGGUCUGCUGGGUCUCUAUAUCAAUGAGAACAAUGUGGAGCUGAUCACACAGACAUUGGAAACACUUACAGAGUAUUGCCAGGGACCAUGUCAGGAGAACCAGACUUGCAUUGUAACUCAUGAGUGCAAUGGAAUUGACAUCAUCACUGCCUUGAUUCUGAAUGACAUUAGCCCUCUGUGUCGCUACCAGAUGGACUUGGUGCUCCAGCUUAAGGACAAUGCCUCUAAGCUUUUACUUGCUCUAAUGGAGAGCCGCCAUGACAGUGAGAAUGCAGAGAGGAUUUUGAUUAACCUUCGACCCCGUGAACUGGUUGAAGUGAUAAAGAAGGCUUAUCUGCAGGAGAUUGACUGUGAGAAUGCAGAGGUGUCACCCAAGGAAGUCGGCCAUAACAUCUACAUCCUGGCACUACAGCUCGCACGGCACAAUAAGACUCUCCUUCCCCUGCUGAAGCCACCAAAAAAGUCAAAAGAAGAGCUUGAAGAGGGCAUCUCUUCUAUGCUCAGUCUAAACAACACAGGAUUCUCGCAAAUGCUGAAAUCUUCAGCUCCAGCUGAGGUUAAACAGGAAGAUCCACUGGAGCACUACGCCAACCACACUGCUCAGAUUGAGAUAGUUCGUGAGGAUCGCAGCAUGGAGCAAAUUGUUUACCCUGUCCAUCCUAUCUGUGAGUACCUGACCGAAGAGUCCAAGUUACGUGUCUUCAACACUACAGAACUUGAUGAGCAAGGCAGCAAGGUCACAAACUUUUUCGAGCAGACAUCCUUUCUGCAUAACGAGAUGGAGUGGCAGAAGAAGUUACGCAGUAUGCCAGUGCUGUACUGGUUCUCUGGGCGAAUGUCACUAUGGGGCACGAUCUCAUUCAACCUGGCUGUCUUCAUCAACCUCAUCAUUGCCUUCUUCUACCCAUUUGACGCUGGCCAAAGUGCCAUUGACUCUUCAUUGUUAUACAUGCUGUUCUGGGUCUUUUCUGGCCUAUCUGUUUUGGGUCUGUUGUCUCAGCGAUAUGGUCUGCAGCUUGCCACCGUGGCCGUCAUCCUUCGCUUCAUCUACCACUUUGGCAUUGGCCCUACUCUCACUAUGCUCGGAACUAUCAAUCUCAUCAAUAAGAUUGUGUACGUUGUGAGCUUUGUGGGUAAUAAUGGAACAUUUAUCAUGGGUUACAAAGCCAUGGUGAUGGAUGUAGAGUUCCUGUACCAUCUGGGUUAUGUGUUCACCUGCACACUAGGACUUUUUGUCCAUGAGCUCUUCUACAGCCUAAUGUUAUUUGACCUGAUCUACCGUGAGGAAACACUUUUUAAUGUCAUCAAGAGUGUGACACGUAAUGGACGCUCCAUUCUCCUGACUGCGGUGUUGGCCAUCAUUCUGGUCUACCUCUUCUCAAUCGUGGGCUACCUUUGCCUCAAGGAUGACUUCAUCAUGGAGGUGGAUCAUUUGCCUUCCACUAGUUCAGAUUCUGAAGAGAGCUGCAGUGCAGAUGGUGUAAACUGCAAUAAAGAGACCGGACUUGCAAUAGCAUCAGAGGAUGAAGAUAACACAGAAAGAGCCUGUGACACAUUGUUAAUGUGCAUCGUCACUGUGCUAAAUCACGGUCUACGAAACGGAGGAGGUGUAGGCGAUGUCCUACGGAAACCCUCAAAAAAUGAAACCCUGUUUCCUGCACGCGUGAUAUACGAUCUUCUCUUCUACUUCAUUGUCAUCAUUAUUGUACUGAACUUGAUCUUUGGUGUGAUUAUUGACACAUUUGCUGACCUGCGUAGCGAGAAGCAGAAGAAAGAGGAGAUCCUGAAGACGACCUGCUUCAUUUGUGGUCUUGAGAGGGACAAGUUUGACAAUAAGACAGUCUCUUUUGAGGAGCACAUUAAAUUCGAGCACAACAUCUGGAACUACCUUUACUUUAUUGUACUUGUUAGAGAAAAGAACAAAACGGACUACACUGGCCCAGAGAGUUAUGUGGCCCAUAUGAUAAAGAACAAGAAUCUAGAUUGGUUUCCACGCAUGCAGGCCAUGUCUCUGGUUGUGACUGAAGCGGAAGGGGAGCAGAAUGAGAUGAGGAUCCUACAGGACAAACUUUCAUCCACCAUGAAAGUGGUUACAAACCUCACUGGCCAGUUAACAGAGCUGAAAGAGCAGAUGACAGAACAGAGGAAAAGGAGGCAGAGGAUGGGCUUUGUGGAUGUCCAAGCUGGCGCUAAUAAUUCAAUGCCCCCUAGUGCUGCUGGAGGAAACUACAAAGCUUAAUGUAGUGCAUUGUUCACUCUAUCAGCUUCGAGUUGGGGAUUGUUCUGACUUGAUGUUGUUUUCGAAUGUAUGCAUUAAUGCAGUCCGGUUUCAUUAAAUACUAGCCCUGAAUGUGACAGAUGUUAGAUUUAUGACUGGCUUUUAUGGUAAAAGAAUUAAGCAUCUUCAUUUGUUUUGUGUGUCUUAUUUUAAAGGGAAAAUGUGUCAUUUGUAAUAUAUUUUAGUUUAAUUUUAUUAAUUAACUUAUACAGAUGAAUAGUGAAAGUGGUAAAGAUUACAUAAUGUACAUAGAUAUUUAACAAUGUAUUUGAGAUUGGGAUGUGUUUUCUUUCUUUUUCUUUUUUUUUUACUGAAAUAUAAAAGCUCCUGUUAUGAACUUUUCAAAAAAUUAUGGCAGUUGAUAGAAGCAGUCUAUAACUGAGAUGAAUUCAAUAAACCAAAUGCCAACUGUG